AUAGCAAAACGAAGUACAGUGCAUUGCUAUAAUUCAUUAAUACAUCAUAAAUCGUGAAGCACAGGGUUAUAACGACCACGAUCCACAAAUCAAGCCCUCCAAAAUAACCCAAAUGAGCUCUUACUUUGUAAACUCGUUCUCGGGGCGCUAUCCAAAUGGCCCGGAAUAUCAGUUGCUAAAUUAUGGGGCUGGCAGCUCUCUGAACGGUUCGUACAGGGAUUCAGGCACCAUGCAUACCGGCUCUUAUGGCUACAACUACAAUGGAAUGGAUCUUAGCAUCAACCGUUCAGCCUCCUCCAGCCACUUUGGGGCGGUGGGCGAGACCUCGCGCGGUUUCCCCUCGCCCGCCCAGGAGAACAGGUUUAGACAGACGUCCAGCUGCUCUCUGUCCUCUCCCGAGUCCCUGCCCUGCUCCAACAGCGACAGCCAUGGAGGCAAAACCAGCGCCUCAUCCCCGUCCGACCAGGCGGACUCCGCCGGUUCCAACACCAAUUUCACAGAAAUAGACGAGACCAGCGCGUCCUCGGAGCCCGAAGAAGGGAGCCAGUUAAACAGCAGCCUUCCCCGGGUGCCGCCAGAGCCCUCUGCGUCGUCAACAGCAGCAACAGAGGGACCGGCCCCCCAGAUUUUUCCCUGGAUGCGAAAAUUGCACAUCAGCCACGAUAUGACGGGCCCCGAUGGGAAACGGGCGCGGACCGCAUACACCCGCUACCAGACCCUAGAGCUGGAGAAGGAAUUCCACUUUAAUAGGUACCUGACCCGCCGGCGGAGAAUAGAGAUCGCGCACGCUCUCUGUCUCUCCGAGAGGCAGAUCAAAAUCUGGUUUCAGAACAGGAGGAUGAAAUGGAAGAAAGAUAAUAAACUGAAAAGCAUGAGUCUGGCGUCCGCGGGCAGCGCCUUCCAGCCCUAAAUUGCGAGCUGGCGCCUCGGCCCGGAGUCCCGCCGCCGCCCAUGCCCCAAGCGCCCGUUUUCUGAUUUUCGCCGCCCGUUCCGGACAGCUACCCGUCUCCGACAGCCCCAAGCUGGCCCGCCACGGCUUGGCUGUUCGGGGGAGCUAUUCAUUUCGCCUUAGGUCCUCUCCCAUCCCCGUCCGAUGAUUACCGUUAUUAUUAUUAUUAUUACUACUAUGAAUAAUAAUUAUUAUCGUUGUUAUUUCUCCACUACGCUCUUCCCCCUCCUCCUCUUCCUCCCAACCUGUCAGUGUUUCUAAAUGUUCGUGUCUGUGGUCGCUUUUCCCGAGAAACACAAACUCGCAUGUUGAAUGUGGAGUCCCUCCCCGUCUGUGUUCUAACUUAUUUAUAAAAGGAGAAUCAGUGCGUAUGAAUUUGCAGCUUUGAACUUCUCUGCCAGGGCCAUAGUCGGGGUCACAACGGGCUGGGGUGUGUGUGUGUGGGCGGCAGGGCCGCAGGAGCGAACCUCCAAAAUGCCUCCAAAAUGACUGUCGACUCCCCUUCCUCUUCCCCUUCCCUUUCCCUAGAAGGCCUCUCGGGCCCUCCGGUCCUGGAGAGCGGGUGGGAAGAAGGGGAGAGAAACCUUGGAGGGGAGAAGGGGUGAUUAAGGUCUAAGUUUCAGCCCCGCUUGGCCAAGAGAGAGACUGAUUCUGGAAACCCUAGUCUAACUUCACGGAGGGAAAAAAAAUCGGAAAAGAAACAUCUCAGGGUGUCUCUGCCCUCUGGACCGACACCCACCCCCGUUCCCCGGACUGCAGGGUUUGUAAAUAUGAGACUCUUCCGGACCCCCCAACCCCCAGCCCCCACCCCAGACCAUCCCCAGCGGCAGAGAAUGGGUGCAGUAUUAUGUGUGAAAUGUCUCGCACAAGGGCCUGUUAGUGGUUUUGCCGAUUCGCUUUUAGUAUUUGUUUGUAGCUUUCCUUGA